ACCGUUGUCUACUUUUCACAAGUUGCAGUCGCAACACACCUCGUGAUUUCCGCAGUCAUUGUGACAAGGACGAUAAACAGUAAUAACGUCAAAACCGCACCUCCCAUCCCAACUUCAUUUUCUUUUCUGUUACCCUCGUUAUCUCCGCCCCCCAACAACAUUACACAAAUUCAAACAAAACACAAACCUCACUCACUUCAUUCACCACCACCAUGUCUGUCUCUCGCCUCCAUCUCCAACUCUUCACUCCACCGUCAACAACCUUCCACCACCACACCCCCUCCCACCUCUCACCCCCCACCAUCUCCUUCCCCUCUAUCCGUUUCCCCCUCAUUCGCGCCUCCUCCACUUCCCAAUUCACAACAAUCCCCGACAACAAUGGAGUACCACCUUCACCCUCAGCUUCACCCUCAGAUCUCGGCUCAAUUGAAGUUGAUGCAGUAACCGAAACAGAGCUUAAAGAAAACGGUUUCCGUAGCACAAGAAGAACGAAACUUGUCUGCACUGUUGGACCUGCAACAUGUGGUUUUGAACAGCUUGAAGCUCUUGCUGUUGGUGGAAUGAAUGUUGCUAGAAUUAAUAUGUGUCAUGGUACUAGAGAAUGGCAUAAAACUGUUAUUGAUCGUGUUAGAAGACUUAAUCAUCAAAAGGGUUUUGCUGUUGCUAUUAUGAUGGAUACUGAAGGGAGUGAGAUUCAUAUGGGUGAUCUUGCUGGUGCUUCUUCUGCUAAAGCUGAAGAUGGUGAGAUCUGGACUUUUAGUGUUAGGGCAUUUGAUUCUAGUCUUCCACCUCCGGAACGGACCAUCAAUGUCAAUUAUGAGGGUUUUGCUGAAGAUGUGAAGGUUGGGGAUGAGCUUUUGGUUGACGGGGGAAUGGUUAGGUUUGAGGUCAUUGAAAAGAUAGGUCCAGAUGUGAAGUGUCUUUGCACUGAUCCUGGUUUGUUGCUUCCAAGAGCAAAUCUCACUUUCUGGAGAAAUGGUAGUUUAGUUCGAGAAAGGAAUGCCAUGCUCCCUACAAUUUCUUCAAAGGAUUGGUUAGACAUUGAUUUUGGUAUUGCUGAGGGUGUUGAUUUUAUUGCUAUUUCAUUUGUCAAAUCUGCUGAAGUUAUUACUCAUCUUAAAAGCUAUAUUGCUGCACGAUCUCGUGAUAGUGAUAUUUCAGUCAUUGCAAAGAUAGAGAGUAUUGAUUCACUGAAGAACCUAGAGGAGAUCAUUCGAGCAUCAGACGGAGCUAUGGUGGCACGUGGAGACUUGGGAGCUCAGAUACCGUUAGAACAGGUUCCAGCUGCCCAACAAAGGAUUGUUCAAGUUUGCAGGCAAAUGAAUAAACCUGUCAUUGUGGCCUCUCAGCUACUUGAAUCCAUGAUUGAGUAUCCUACACCUACAAGAGCUGAAGUAGCAGAUGUUUCUGAAGCAGUCAGGCAACGCGCUGAUGCUUUGAUGCUUUCUGGUGAGUCAGCAAUGGGCCAGUUCCCUGAUAAGGCCUUAACUGUAUUAAGGAGUGUUAGUUUGAGAAUUGAGAGAUGGUGGAGGGAAGAAAAACGCUAUGAAGCUACGCAACUCCCCUCAGUUGGUAGUUAUUUUUCAGAAAAAAUAUCUGAAGAAAUCUGCAAUUCUGCUGCAAAGAUGGCCAAUAAUUUAGAGGUGGAUGCACUUUUUGUAUACACAAAGACCGGGCACAUGGCAUCUCUAUUGUCACGGUGCCGUCCUGAUUGUCCAAUCUUUGCUUUUACUACCACUCCAUCUGUGCGUAGACGUCUGAACCUCCAGUGGGGCUUGAUACCUUUCCGUCUGAGCUUCUCUGAUGACAUGGAAAGCAAUCUCAAUAAAACCUUCUCAUUGCUUAAGGCCAGAAAUCUGAUCAAAUCUGGUGACCUUGUCAUUGCUGUCUCGGAUAUGUUUCAGUCCAUACAAGUGAUGAAUGUUCCUUAAGAACAUGUUCCAAAGAGUUUGAGAUUAUGUUAUUUGUUUACUGUUUGUUCAAAACUCGGGAUGCUGCUAGAGUGCGAAAAUGGAGCAGGGAGACUACAUGACCGGAUUGUGGUUCUGUCAUUUUAAAUCUAAAGGAUACAACUUGAGUUUGCGAGAAUUUAUGUUUAUGCUACUGGAGUUUUUUAUUGUAGAAUUUGUAGCGAGUGCAUACACCUUCAAGCCCCUUCAUAUAUAUUUUAAUGUGGUGAAGCAAUAUAGUGUUAGUAUUCACCCCUUUCAAGUUGUAAGGCACAUCUGCAUUUUCUGUUAGAAUGUAUCAUUAUAUUAGCUUUCAAGCCAUGAUGAGUAUAAUGUGAAAUUUCAAUAAGAUUACACGUUAGUUACUUGCUGGUACUGUAUGGGACCAUGUAACAUAUGCUCAAUGUAUGCAUGUUGCAAAAUUUUAUUUGUUUUA